AGUCGACUACGUUACAAAAUGAGUGAAAACAUACAGAACAAGCAAUUUAUGCUUUACAGAACGAUCUUAAGCUCACCUUCUCGUGGGCUAUCACUUGCAAUUCAUUUAACUUCAGUUACUUCUUUUCUAUGGUCCUUCUUUUGGAUGUUUAGAAAUGGCAAUGAGAUCAUCCUUUUUUCUUAUGGAUCUUUCUUCCAGCAUUUGACCGUUUUGUCUUUACUGUUGUCUCUGAUCACAGGAGUUACAGCCAGUUUGUCUGACAUCUUUCUUUCUAAGGUGUUAUAUGAGAUUAAACUAUUAUUGCAAUACGUAUGUUGCCCUUUGGAAAUGCUGGUUUCGUUUCUGUACUGGGGUAUUGCGCUGUAUGAUCGUGGACUCUUGAGACCUGACGAAUUCGAGCCUGCACCGCUCAUUUUUGACUUGAGCGUUCAUAUUUUCCCUACUAUUUUUCUUCUGUUUGACUAUUUCUUUCUGUCUCCGCCAUUCAAAGCCCCAGUCAAACAUUUCGGCGUCUUCUUCGUUCUUAUCACUGCCGGUUAUUAUUAUUGGGUUGAACGGUGCUACGUCCGCAACAAGUUCUACGCCUAUCCUCUUCUUGAGUAUCUUUCUACGCACGAAAAGGUCCUUUUAUUCGGGUUCGCUAGUGCCCUGUCGCUCGUUUUCUACACAGUGCUAAAGUCCAUGAAUAUUGUUAAACUGCGCGUUAAAAAAGCACACAGCGCUUAGGUCAAUGUUGCAAAUACGAUCCUCUGAGUGAGUUUUCUUGCUUGUUCAGUAUAUUUGUGACAGGCAGUUGUGAAUAACACUGCUUGCUUAUUCCAUAACACUUAAAUGCAUAUUACCCCACGUUCCUUUAAUGAAAUCAUCAUAGUUCUUUAACA